GCUGCUUGAUGUGUUCGCUUUGUGCAGUGUGCAUAAGUUAGAUCUGUCUCUAGUGUUUGAGCAUAUUGACCUGGAUUUAGCAUCCUACCUGAAGAACGUGCCCAAGUGUGGACUGCCCCGUGAAAAGAUUCAGGACUUGACGUGCCAGUUGCUGAGCGGUCUGGAUUUCCUGCACACCCACAUGGUAAUUCACCGGGAUCUGAAGCCGGAGAACAUUCUGAUCAGCAGCCGGGGACAGAUUAAAGUGGCGGACUUCGGCCUGGCGCGCCUCUACAGCUUCAACAUGGCGCUGACGCCCAAA